GGACGAUGUCGUGCUGCGGCUCAUGAUGCGAUACGACAAGUCAACACUGGCACUGCCCAGGGAAGGCGGGGCCGAUGUUCUGGACUCGAGGGACUCAAUACCCUGGCAUUUUGCUGCCAAUGUCUUGGAUUACGCGAGGAUCAUGCUCGGCACCACCGAGUAUAUGACCAAGGAGUACGACCGCGAAAUCGAGGAACUCACCAAGCAGGAGAAGGAAGACGAACUGCUCUUUAAUGAAGGCAGCGAAUGGACGCAGAAGGCUAUAAAGGCGAUCGAGGCUGCCAAGGACAAAGUCAAGGAUCUCGGAGAGGUCGAGGUCGCCCUGGCAGAGGCAUCCAAGCACACCGGCUCCAGUCAACCUCGGCAGACGGAGCACGACUUUUUCUUCUAUACCUCCCCUCCCCAUCUUUACCUGUCACCCCUCGACAUACGAAUCCUCAAGACCAAGUACGGCGCUUUUUCGCAGUUCCCAUCGACCCUGCUGCCAAGAGUCGAGCACAUCUCCACUGGCAAUACUGUUGAUGAUACUCUUCGGAAGCGAGCAAAGUAUCUCGGUCACCUACCCCGUGGGUGCCUGGUCUCAUUUCUGGAAUGUGACUGGACCGACAUUGUUCCAGAGGAGAUUCUAGAGACUUUCAAGGAUGAUAUUGAAAGACGGCGCAGGAGAAAUCGCGAGAAAGAGAUCCAAGAGGAGCGCGAACGGCUUCAAGCAGAGAGGAUUGAAUCCGCUGCCUACCGCCGAGGCGCAGGUCGAACCAACCUAAGCUCUAUGGAUGAGUUCACUGUCAAGUACAGUGCCGAAGGUGAUUCGGACCGCUUAAAUCUGGACGAAUUUCAGCCACUUGGGGCUGUUGGUACCACGCCCCCAAACCCUCGGCCUGGCUUCUCGUCCCUCGCGUCGAUGUCUACCAGCCCAUCAACACAAAAGACAGUCUGGGGCACUCCAGCUCUGCCACCGUCGCCUGGACUGGGCCCCGCCAAUCCUCCACCAGCAGUGGAUGAUGGGUGGUUGAAAGAUGAUCAAUUCAUGGGAUCGCUCGGAGCAGCAGAGCUGGCUGUUGAAAUGGAAGCUCUCGGCGUAGAGAAUUUUGCGCCCGAGGGGGCGCCUGCCGGCAGCUCUAGCGGCAAAGGCAAGGGUAAGAAGAAGCAGAAACAGAAGAUCACUCUGAUGAGUACGGGUGGGAGAAGAGGGAACUAAGUCGUAGUGGUGCUGAUGGGUGUCAUUGAUGUUGAAGACCUCUAGAUCGGCUUUGAUUGGACGGUGUGCUGUCAAAUGCUCAGUUUCUCUGGAUGAAAGCAGUUCGAUUGUCAAACAGAGUUGAGCGAAGCACAGGUGACAGCUCCGGAACAGCUUUGCAGAACAGACAUCUGAAUAGCCCGCAGCCGGUGAUAGACCGGAGUGGCGGGCAAUGUCUACACUAUUUACACGUUCACAACAGGUGAAGAUGGGUUGCGAUGAGAGACCAUACUUCAAAAUCCUAUGUAACCUGGAGCGAUUUGGUUCAGAGUAGCCUGUAGACAUGAACAUACCAGAACGAUCAUAUCAUG